ACCACUUUUUUGGUCUCCUUUUCAUAACGAGAUUAGAUUCCCUCUUUUGUCUUAUUGCUCGAUGCCCACAACACAACACAAUCCAUAAUCAAUAUCCAAAUAUUCCAAAUUCAUUUCAUCGAGGCCGAAAAAGAUUGAAUUUCUAUUGCUAUAGUGAUUUCAUUUUUGGGUGUUAAAUUAUUGUUGAAAUACAUAAAAUCAAAUGGAGGUAAAACAAGAAGUUAUGGAGGAAACGUGUAAAGUAGAAAUAGAGUCUAACGACCUGGGUGAUGCUCUUUUGGAUGGCAUUAAAUGUGAAAUUCAGGAGGAAUCCAGUAGACAAAAUACAUAUGACACAUAUAAUUAUUUAGACUUAAAAGAACAUCUUGUAAAGAUUAAAAUAGAACAUGGAAAUAAACUUAACCCAUGUGAAGAAAAUCAAAAAUCUGAAAAAGAUUAUCUCCAAGAGAACAAAAUGAAAAUUAUGGAGACACAAAUUGAACAUUCAUCUCACGAAGGAAAUUAUAUGAAUACAAAUCCUAAAGGAAAAACAUUAACUGAAGAUAUGAAUGUGAUAACUGGAAAACCUUGGAAAUGUGAAAUUUGUCUUAAACAAUUUAUUAAAGCAAGUGAUUUGAAAACACAUUUGAGAGUGCACACCGAAGAAAAACCUCACAAGUGUGAAAUUUGUCUUAAACAAUUUUCUCUAAGAAGUACUUUGAAAAAACAUAUGAGAGUGCACACUGGGGAAAAACCUCACAAGUGUGAAAUUUGUUUUAAGCAGUUUACUACAGCAGAUAGUUUGAAAAUACAUUUGAGAGUGCACACCGGAGAAAAACCGCACAAGUGUGAAAUUUGUCUUAAACAGUUUUCUCUAAGAAGUACUUUGAAAAAACAUUUGAGAGUGCACACUGGGGAAAAACCUCACAAGUGUGAAAUUUGUUUUAAACAAUUUAUUAAAGCAAGUGAUUUGAAAACACAUUUGAGAGUGCACACCGGAGAAAAACCUCACAAGUGUGAAAUUUGUCUUAAACAAUUUUCUGAAAGAAGUACUUUGAAAAAACAUUUGAGAUUGCACACCGGAGAAAAACCUCACAAGUGUGAAAUUUGUCUUAAACAAUUUUCUCUAAGAAGUACUUUGAAAAAACAUUUGAGAGUGCACACCGGAGAAAAACCUCACAAGUGUGAAAUUUGUCUUAAACAAUUUUCUGAAAGAAGUACUUUGAAAAAACAUUUGAUAUUGCACACCGGAGAAAAACCUCACAAGUGUGAAAUUUGUCUUAAAGAAUUUUCUAAAAGAAGUACUUUGAAAAAACAUUUGAGAGUACACACUGGGGAAAAACCUCACAAGUGUGAAAUUUGUUUUAAGCAGUGUAGCGACAAAAGUAAUUUGAAAAGACAUUUGAGAAUGCACACUGGGGAUAAUAAACCUCAUAAGUGUGAAAUUUGUUUUAAGCAGUGUAGCGACAAAAGUAAUUUGAAAAGACAUUUGAGAAUGCACACUGGGGAUAAACCUCAUAAGUGUGAAAUUUGUUUUAAACAAUUUAUUCAAGCAAGUAGUUUGAAAAUACAUUUGAGAGUGCAUUCCGGAGAAAAACCUCACAAGUGUGAAAUUUGUUUUAAGCAGUUUAUUACAGUAAAUAGUUUGAAAAUACAUUUGAGAGUGCACACCGGAGAAAAACCUCACAAGUGUGAAAUUUGUCUUAAACAAUUUUCUGUAAAAAGUACUUUGAAAACACAUUUGAGAGUACACACUGGGGAAAAACCUCACAAGUGUGAAAUUUGUUUUAAGCAGUUUACUACAGCAGGUAGUUUGAAAAGACAUUUGAGAGUGCACACUGGAGAAAACCCACACAAGUGUGAAAUUUUCUCUAAGAUGUACUUUGAAAAAACAUUUGCGAGUGCACACUGGGGAAAAACCACACAAGUGUGAAAUUUGUUUUAAGCAGUUUACUGCAGGAAGUAGUUUGAAAAUGGAUUUGAGACUGCACACUGGACAAAAACCUCAUAAGUGUGAAAUUUGUUUUAAAGAAUAUAUUCAAGCAAGUGAUUUGAAAACACAUUUGAGAGUGCAUUCCGGAGACAAACCUUAUAAGUGUGAAAUUUGUUUUAUGCAGUUUAUUACAGUAAGUCGUUUGAAAACACAUUUGAGAGUGCACACCGGACAAACACCUCACAAGUGUGAAAUUUGUCUUAGACAAUUUUCUCUAAGAAGUUCUUUGAAAAAACGUUUGAGAGUACACACUGGGGAAAAACCUCACAAGUGUGAAAUUUGUUUUAAACAAUUUAUUCAAGCAAGUGAUUUGAAAACACAUUUGAGAGUGCAUUCUGGAGAAAAACCUGACAAGUGUGAAAUUUAUUUUAAUCAGUUUACUACGGCAAGUAGUUUGAAAAUACAUUUGAGAUUGCACACUGAAGAAAAAUGUUACAAGUGUGUAAUUUGUUUUAAGUAGUUUGGUCGAAUUAUUGUAGGAGAAAAAUGUUAUUAAUGUAAAAUUUGCUUGAAUCAGUUUAGUGACAAAAGUAAUUUAAACACACAUCUGAGUGUUCACACUGUGGAAAAACCGCACAAGUAUUAAAUGUUUUAAAGCAGUUUAGUGCAGCAGGUUAAUUAAACAGACAUUUGAGAAUGUAGAUUGGAUAAAAACCAUACAAGUGUGAAAUUUGUUGUAAGCAGCUUAUUCGAAUGGAACUUUACGAAUGUAAAAUUGUUUGAAGUAGUUAAGUGAAGCAAGUAAUUUAAAAACACAUUUGAUAGUGCAAACUGAAGAAAAACCAAACAAGUGUGAAAUUUGUUUUUAGCAGUUUGCUCGGACGAAUCGUUUAAAACGCAGAAUUAUAACCGUUACAUUACAAACAUGUUUUGGGUUUAUUUGUACAAAAGUUGAAUACUUUGAAAAACCUACUAGUGUAAUUGAAAAUGAGCAGUUUUAAACGUUUUAGAUCGUUUGUAAUGUGAAAGUUUAAAUCAAGCGUUUUUAAACAUAUUUCAAAUGCCUCAUUUCUGUUGCCAAAACUUACAACAAGAAUUUCAUGUUUUGAAACAUACAACGUUUUGAAGAUUUGGUUUUAGUUAUCGAAAUUCCGUAGUGGCCGGUCAAUAAAAGGGAAAAAUCGUAUUGAUUUCAUGAGAAUACUAAAAAUGGCAAAAAUCGCGCCAUGUUUAUUUAGUUACCAUUUUUGUAAAAAUUUAGUUAAUUUGCAGAAAUAUACAGAAACUGCAUACAAAAGCUGCACUCUACCUUUAAAACGCAUCUUGAGUUUUGUCAACAGGACACUCAGAUCAAAAGAUCCAAUUUUUACCGUCGAGCUGAUACAAAUUUUAUUGAACUGAUUUCUCGCGUAGAACUGAUAUUCAAAAUCGUCAAUCGCUUCAACCACUGUUUAGGAGAGAAUGAUUAAUUCUACACAAAAAACGCUAAUAACUAUUUUUAUUCAAAAUUAUCUUUUGCAGCAUUUGUUUUUAAACAUUUUUUUCUAUGUCGUACAAAUUCUUGUUAAAUCGUUUUUCUUUUUUUUUUUCGUUUUCCCUCCCUAGGAUGGGACUUUUAGAGGAAAUCCCAGGGGUAAAAGUGGUACAGUUUCUUACAUCUUUUUUAAUGUCCCAAAAUUAAGAUUCUCAGCAAAAUUCAGCUUGUUCGUAUGAUUUUUAGCUGUUCAGUGUAUCCUCUCUAUUGCAUCUUUAGGACGUAAUAUUUUGCUGAAAUUGGACAUUUAAUUUCGACAAUAAAUUAUUACCUAUUAUAUAUUUUCACUUUAAGUUUAUAAUUAAUUUAAAAAAUACAAAAGUAAUUAUUGGAUUUAUGUAAAAAGUACUUAUUUUAAUAGGUUUAACCAUCUAUUUCUUCGUUUUACACUAACACAUUUCUUGUAACAACGUCCCUUAUUUUAAUUUAUGU